UCAAAAUCGCAUACAUUUCGAAAUUAAUGUGAUGAUACUUUACUGAUAGUUUUUUCUGGAUUUUGUAACUGAUAUAUAUUCUGUUGUGUAGAAAAUCGCUGCAAUCAACACCUACAACGUAAAGUGAAGUUAAGUGGACGCCAACCGAACAGAGGUUGAGUGUGGAAAAUAAUACCAGAAACAUUCUGCAGUACCAUAUCAUAAUGACAAUAACGAAGUCCGUAAAGAAUCAGUUUCGCAAUAUACAUUCGUAAGCAGGAAACGAUAUUUUUUGUUCGAUAACGAACAUUUUGACGAAAAUUAGAAUAUUGAGUUAUAUUUGAUGGAUAUACAAAAUCCAAAUGCAUGUGCACUAUCGGGGCAUGCCUCGCUACGAGAAUUGUUCGAGAAUUAUUUUUCUACUACUUUUGAUUUCGGUCGUUGAUGGUUUCGGUAAACCCAAGAGCUACAAGCACCACCGAAAAUCUUCGAAAACUUCGAAACAUUGCAAUCCACGAAGUACAGCUUUGGAGAAAUCUCCAAAUAAUAAUUCAGGAAAACUAUCGACCGUCGAUUAUGAUCCACACUACAAAUGUGACCUCGUCGGCUUCGGCAUUGUACAAAAAAUUCCCUAUAAAACCCUCACUUCCAGCAAUAACCUAAUUGACGUUAAUUUAUCCUCGGCCUGUGUACGAUGCGGAAUAUGCCUUGCUAUUGCCGAGAAGAUAAAUCAAACCCUCAUGGAAGUACACGACUCGAUGUCAACGAACCAAUCGCUCGAGGACGACGAAGUCGAUCCCGUUUUCAGAUUCGUAUGCGACGAACAAUUCAGACACUACGCACUACGAGAACUGGAGGGAAAACGAUACAUCGGUGACUCUUUGCCCGGAGCUGUUCUGGUCAUUACGAGCAUUGAUGGAAGUUGGGAAAAACACUUGAAGACGAAGUGCCACGAAAUUUUGGCGGAAGUGGGUACUGGAGACUUGUACAAACAUUGGCGAAACUGGUUCGAAACUGCGUCGUACGCUCUCGGCGAUAUGCUAUGUCGCAGCGAGUCCGUUGGGCUUCGUGAUUGUCACGGGAUCGACGGUGAGGGAAAGAGGUCAGAAGAUUGUCAAAAUUUCUAUCGUGCUGACAUCAAGGUCGUGGCGAAACUCGGCUGAAAUCAACGAGUGUUUGCGACGCAACGUUCACCGCAUUUUUACACUGAUUUUUGCUCACUUUUUCUUCUAAUACUUCUACGAUAUUGAUUAAUACGAUUUUAUAGUUAUACUUUUGUCUCCUGAUCGGAGUCGACACCGCAAUAUUGGAGAGAAUAAAUAAUAAAUCUUAA